GAUACAAAUGAGGUAAGACAUUACACAAUACCUUCCUUCACGACUUAGUAAAAAUAUGGCAGGAACUAAAGUCCCGACUGAGGCUUCCCUGUUUGAUUUCGACGACAAAUCCCAGGUAUGGCUGCAGCCUUUCUCAGAGAUCAUUAAUUGCAUGUUUCCAGUGGAGUACGUCUAUGGAGAGUGGAUUUGGUGGCAAGCAACGAGUGAAGCAAAGCGUUCGUUUAAUCCUGAAUCUCUUGCCUCGUCCUCAACUUCGGAGAUAGAAACUGGUAGUCGAGUUGAAGGAUUCUGCAUCCCUCAACUUCUGUUCUCGGAAAGCGGCGAAGGCUUUUUAAACGUGCCUUUUGACAAAAGAAAACACUGGCAACCCGAUUUAGACGAGAUGAAAAUUGAUGCCUUUUCGAUUGCAAACGAAAGGAACGAAAUAAUCCCCAUUUUCACGGUGGAACACGCGUCAGAUGAUCCAAGAUAUGUCCAUUUGAGAUUCACUGAUGAGUGGAAAGAGCAUAAACCCAGCUACAAGAAUGCCUCUUUUAUAAACCAUACCUAUUUACUGCCUUCAAACGAAUAUUGGUCGAAUGAAACUAGAGGGGGUAGCGACAUAUGGACGUAUGAAAUGCAUGGUCCAGUGCGAAAAUUGCAGAACAAAGGCUUUGUGCACUAUGAAGAAGAUCAAACGGGUGUCUUCAAAUAUCCGUUGGCGUGGCCUGAACCAGCAAUGGAGUGGCUUGUUCGUUCACGUACCAACGGUUGGCCAUCACCCGAGCUUCUGAAAGACAUUCUCGAGUCUGGAUGCCACUUGGCGCCAGUUGGAAGAGGCAAACGUCAAAAUGAGCCUAUGGAACUUCUAGAAUAUCGCAAAAACCCAGAGAAGCCUUCUUCUUCUUCAUGCAGGGAAACUGACCCAGAGAAUCCCAACGAUCGUGACAUCAUGGAUGAACGGCUUCAGAAGAGCUUGGAAGAAGGACACCUUCCUCAUUACAUCAUCCCACAAAGCAACCUUCUGCAAAACGAGGAUCCUGCCAAACUGGUCGAAGAGGCGGCUACGAUUCAUGAUGUAAGAAUAAACAUCUUGCCUAAAAUUGUCAGCAUGCUAAAAAGAUGUUUUUCUCUGACAUACCAGUCUCAAACCUACCUCAACAAUCUGCAGGAUUUGGACCCAUUGCUGGUCAAAGUACAAGAAAAAUCCCUGACAGAAGAAGAUGUGAAAGGGCUUAUUUAUUCGUUGCUUGCAGUUUUUAUGGAAAAGAGCAAAGACGUGAUUGGAAGUCUAUUUAAAAGUCUACAAAAUGAAGGUGAAGAUGAGUAUAUUAAGAAGAUGAUGUAUAUACCUCUUUACGCCUAUCAAUCCCUCCUUGCCAGAGGUCUGUGUAAGAUGUUGCACCUCAAAACCGCUCACAAAACAACUGAAGAGAAAACUAAUCAAGAACUUCUGACUUUCAUGAAAGAAAAGGUUAGCGACUUGACUCUAGACGACGAUUUUACCAAAAUUGCACAGACAUUCUUCGCUGAAAUAAGAGAAAGACGAGACAUGUCACUAAUGAUUCCAAACACGAUUGGUAUGGAGUACACGAAGAAAGUUUACAAGGAACUGGCUUGGCAUCAUGUCGACGAAGCCCAAGCACCUUUUCAAGAACAGAUAGGAUGGCUUAAGAAGAGUGAUAUGGAGGCUAUGACAAACAAAGUGAGUGAGAAACUAAAAGGCCUCCUUGAGAACCUGACGUUGGAGGAUAUAAAAGCUGAAAUUGAUAAAGAACUUAAAAUAUUGUACGAGAAGCGACAUCAGAAGGAAUCAGGGAAAGAAACUACUGAAGAUCAAAGUGUUUGAACGCUUCCUUAACAGCCUGUCAGUAUAGUUAAGCUAAAAGGUUUAAGCCAGGAAAUGAUGUAAAUAAGUAAAUAAAAAAUGGAUGGAUGGAUGGAUGGAUGGAUGGAUGGAUGGAUGGAUGGAUGGAUGGAUGGAUGGAUGGAUGGAUGGAUGGA